AUGGUCGGUGAAUUCCAAGUCCCCGCCCCCGACUCACGCGUCAGGAAGGCGCCAACCCGACAGUCGCGCUCCUGUAAGGUCUGCAGGAUCCGCAAAGUUAAGUGUGACCGUGUUAAGCCUUGCCAUGCAUGCUGUGCUCACGGAUACCCGUCGAAAUGCGUCUACGAAGUUGUGCCUGACGAGGAAGCACGACCGAUCAGCCAGGCGGAGGAAAUUCGGAAUUUGCGGGCGGAGAUCCGAGAUCUAAGAUUUAGAAUAGAUGAGAGAUCAGAGUCAUCAGAUGGGUCUCACGAUCAAGAUCUUGAGCGGCUGGACCGACUUGAGAGUUUAUUUGAGUCUAUUCGCUCUGCGCCACUAAGUGUGGUUGACCACAUUGUACGAGAGGUUCGAUUGGCCCAUGGUAGGAUGAAGAAGGAUUUGGUGCACGUAGGGCCGUGGGAGGGCCAUGAAGCAUAUGAUGGCUACGACAAUUCACGUUCUUCUCCACUCUCCGUUAUCCCAAUUCGCCGGCGACCAACAGACUCGAGCUCGAAUCUUAACUUCAACGAUCCUCUCUUGAUUAAUGAUGAGGAAAUUGAAGAUCAAAUGUCUCAAAGCAGCGGGUCGGAUUCCUCGGGGUCUUCUGGUACAAUAUACAUGAUGGGCAUGCAGCGACCUUCAAUUGACGUUUUUGUCGAACGCUUCGUCGAUGCAUUCAGUCCACAAGUUGACACAAAAUCUGGCCGCGCGGGGGCGUUGAGGGCAGCCGCUGAGAUUCGAAUGUUCUCGCCACUAAUCUCGGAUGCCUUUGAGGCAGUCUCCGUGGCUUUCUUUGGUCGGUCAGUUCAGAACAAAUCGAUUGAGGCCUCAGGAUUUCGGCUGUAUCCACGCGUUCUGCGCCAAUUACAGGAUGCGUUGGUUGACCCAGAGCGGUCUAAGUCAGAGGCGACUCUGGUAACAGUGACGCUCCUGAUUGCCUUCGAAAGCGUGGAACGAACAACCAAUACUGGCGUGCCAGCUCACGUGAGAGGUGCAGUACGUUUAAUUGAGCAUCGUGGCCCAGAAAACCACAUGUAUGGUGUCGAGCACCUCUUAUUUACUGAGCUACGGCCUUACUGGCUUGCUGGUGCACUAGCAGCUCGGGAGCCUUCGUUUUUAGCCCGUGAGGAAUGGAAGACCAUUCCGUGGUCGGCUGGCACGACCACCAAAGAUAUUUUACAUCAUCUACUCGAUCUCGCUACGGAGGUACCAGCUUUGUUGGCCCAGUCUGAUUCUCUAAAGGAAGCGCAGCAGGGGCCAUCUGCAAUGGGAACCCAAGAAGCUGCAGCCAAACAGGCUGCCCUUUGGAAUGGAAUCACUGAUCUCACUGCUCGCUUCUAUCAGUGGUAUCAUGACUGGGUCAAAUGCUACCCGGAUGGCCCACCGACAGAGGUUGAGCAAAAGGAGGACCAAGACUUCCCCAUAUUCAAAAGACGCGAUUUGCGCACUGGUGCGGUCUAUACACCAACCAAGCUCUCUUAUCCGAACCUCCUUCUUGCACAAACCAUGUGCGUAUACUACGCGUUCCGCUUAAUUCUUUCCUCGGUGGAUACACGCCCGCAAGAUCGGGUUGCUCCUCCGGAGCAGUACGAAUUAGGUUGCGGCAUCUGUCGCACAUAUGAAUUCUAUAUCACGACAGCCUCCGGGAACAUGAUCAAUCGCCUCGCAUUUCCCACGCGCGUCGCGUGGGAAGCCUUUCCUGACAAUGGGCCCGAACGGGCUUUUAUGACUGAAGUGUUGCAUUUAGUUGAGAAGCGUCAUUCGUUGGCGCUAUGGGGCGGUGGCAUGUCGGAACUUUCUCCUAAGAAAAAUGGCCCGCUCAACAAGGCAUGA